UUGCAAGAGGAACUCACCUCGCGCGUAACCCUGACGAUUUUAGGAAAGUGUGGCUAGUGCGCGCGGAUCUUGCUUUGCUGCCUGUGUUGUUAGACAUUCCUCCUAUGUGCGCCGACGUCGGCAACGAGUUGCGGUGAACGUUCGUCCUUGUGUGUGUGUGUACUGCCUCCGUGGGCGCAUGUCUUAGCGUUCUGAAUCGGUCGUGUUACGGGUGGUUUGAAGGAACUAGUAUGGUGGAGUGGUGAAUAGUCGGGCGUCGUGGGAUCAUGGCUAGGUGAGGGGUGAAAAGGGUAGCGGCCAUGGCCACAGCAUAAGAGUCACUUCCAUUGUGUUCACGGUUUCGUCGUUCGGCUCUUUUGCAUAGUUUGAAGCGACUCCCUGAUUCUGUUUGUGCGUCAGAUUUCAGUGCGAGUCUGUUGCUUUUAUUUUUAUUUUUUUCUGUCUAUUUAUUUAUUUAAUUUGGUCAUUUUUCGUUUUUCGUUUUGUUUUUACUUUUUUUCUACCCGGAAGUUCGUUGGAGGUUUGAGGACUGGAGUGAGCUCGAGUGAGCUUGAGUGAGCUCGAGAAAGAUCUUGGGAGUCUUGCUAGAGCUGCUGGUAUAUAAUGGGCUGGGACCCAGCUUUGGAACUAGUUGAAUCGUAGCUGCUAUGCACGGGUGCCUGGAUCAUGCGCAUUUUGAGGUCUUUGCGGCCAGAUUCCUCCUUUUUUUUUCAAGCCCCGGCGGCCACUCUUUUGAAGCCGUGUUCUUUCAGUGACAUUGAAUGACAGCGGACGCUAGAACUUACUUAUGCGAAGAGUUGGAAUCCCGCGUCGUCUUUUUCUACUUACUUCCCCUAUCGAAGGUUUGAAGGUAACGGCAGCAAUUGUACAAGUCUGUGGGUGCAGCCAAGCCAAGGCAAUACUAAGCCUGGUUAGUGACAGUUAUCAUACUUGGGCAUUUGUUUUUGGAAAGCGAGCUGAAAUGCGAGUGAUGCGAGUAGGACGAACCAUCGACAGAGCGGUGUGGCUGGCCAAGCGCGGCGGAGAGUGUCAACGAUUGGAUCCUGAAAUAAUGGCCGGCAUUUCGUUUCUACAAAAUCAAAAUUUGUAUUGUUGCACUUUAUAGUCAACGACCUCUUCGCUCGAGCCAAGAAAAAGCAGGGCUGGACAAUAGAACUGUAAUGAGCUUCGGGAAUAGAAGGAGGCGUCGCAAGAAGGACCAGGAUGCAAGAUUCUCAUUUCUCUGAGAUGCGGUGGGACUCAGAGAUCUCGACUGCUGCGUUUUGUGAUUCUCUAGAUCUGCGGAGGCAUAUCUUACAGAAAAGGCAGUCUUUUGGGAGGGGUAAACGAAGGCCUCCACUACUCGAACCUGCUAGUGCUGAGUUUAUUUCUGCUCUGGCCGCUGGAAUCAAUUCACGCCAUACCCUCCAAGUAGGAUGUGGGUUGUCUACCCUAGCCCUCGCUGCAGCUGCGAGAGCCACCAACAGCUGCUUGUUGUCUGUGUAUCAUGAAGCAGAGAAGCAGCAAGUUGUUAAAUAUUUUCUUAAGGACGCAGGGCUGCUCAGUUAUGUGGAAUUUGUUACAGAAGAUCCCUUGACUUAUAUUCCUCACUUAAAAGGUCUGGAAUUCGUGUUAUUCUCAGGGCAGCCUGAGCAAUACAUUGAGCUUUUUGAUCUCCUAAAGCUGAAGAAAGGAGCAAUUGUGGUCGCAGACAAUGCUCUAGAUGACGCUACAAAUGACUACAUUCGACACGUUCGUAGACAACCAGGGGUUGAGUCUUCAACCUUACCUCUCAGUCGAGGCAUUGAAGUUACCAAGAUAGUCACUUGGGGAGCGUUCAAUAGAGGGAGGAAGAAGUUCGAUGGCAUUGAAGAGCUGAUGAGUGAUAAGGGCUACAUGCGCCGGCUUGAUUUACAGAAUGUAACUGUUUCUAGAUCACACAGCAGCCCUCGGUUUUCUGCGCAUUCCGAAGACUUUCCUACGCAUAGCUCUGAUUUCGAUGCAGAGGAUGACCACAUCCAUUCAGAGCCAAGCGAACCUGAAAUGGUCGAGAGUGGCACGGCGCACAAGAUGAACACUGAUGGGCUUGAUGAGAGCGAAUGCGAAACGCCAACAGGACAGGAUUCAGAUAAGCUGGAAAGAUCUAAACAUGGAGAAGUAAGGCGUGCAAGUUCGGGUUUAAUACAUGUUGAAACACUCUUACGUAAUAUCAACAAUGAACUGUCUGUGGUCUCACCACACCUUGAGGCAUCAGGGGACCUUGAGCUUGGCAUUCCUCAUAAGGUCUUUGAUGUUCAAGACUUUGCCACAAGACUCCACUCGUGGCACUUGCUUAUGGACUUGGAGAAUAAUGGUGCCUCCUUGCCUUCAAGUGACGCAUCAAUAGCUGACAGAGUUGCACCUGAACCUCUCGAUUCUGCUGGGGAUGUGCUUGCUGUGGAAGACAUUUCUUUUGUCUUAGAAGAACCCGCCUUUCAGGUUCAUUUCCAAAAUGAUAAUGGACAAACACAGGUGACAGUAGAGGGAGAUGAUCAAGACCAGUUUCUCUUUGACCUCACACAUGCAUUUAAGGAGACGGUCGUCAGUGUCAAAAAGGCCAGAAUAUCAACGCAAGAGUCACGAGUAUUAGAUGUCUUCCAUGUGGUGGAUGGGAGAACCAAGGGACCUCUCUCAGCAUCGCGCGAGGACGAGGUUAGGAAUCGCAUAUUGGAUCGACUUAAAGAGCGUCGCGGGAAACUGAAAGACCGUUGAUUGAUGGCUUGACCCUCCUUCACUAUAUGUGGUCAAGAUCAGCAUAUCAUAUGCUUAUAUGCGGAUUGCUGUAGUUCGCAAGCUAUUACCCCCCUUAUUAAUAGUCUUUUCGCUUAGGUGAACUUUGAAAUUUUUGUAAUAUACAGUGCUUGUGACAAAUGUAAAAGAGAUAUCUCUGGAAAAGGAAUUGUCAAUCAAUUGCUGACAAACCUAUACUCAUCAAUCGAUUGCGGUGGCUGGGUUCUUCUAAUCUAUCAGCCCAGGUGAAGUA